UAGGAAGAACACACCCAGUGACAUCAGUGAGGUUUGAAGAAGCAGAAGAAAAAGUCUCAACUCAAACCGUGCAGAGGAGCAACAAGAGGGCCGAAAGGUCCUUCCCGGUUUUCUCUCGGUUCUGAGUGUUUUUAAGCUCCGGAGAGUUUGGGAAACAAGCUGCGCGUAAACUUUUUUACUGAAGCGGACCGCGGAGCGCAGAGAGUCGCGAGGAGGAUGUCAACUUCAGACGAGACAGACGGGCUCCGGCCGAGAUAUGGCUCUGUCCUGGAUGGCGUGGAGCGGCUUACGGCGGAGGAGAUGGAUGAGCAGCGGCAGCAGAACAUGGCCUAUGAGUACCUGUGUCACCUGGAGGAGGCCAAAAGAUGGAUAGAGGCCUGUCUGGACGAGGAGUUGCCUCCCACCACAGAGCUGGAGGAGGGGCUGAGAAAUGGCGUCUACCUGGCCAAACUGGGCAACUUCUUCGCCCCGCACACCGUCUCCCUGAAGAAGAUCUACGACCGUGAGCAGACGCGUUACAAGGCGACAGGUCUCCAUUUCAGACACACAGACAAUGUCAUCCAGUGGCUCAACGCCAUGGCAGAGAAGGGACUGCCAAAGAUCUUCUACCCUGAAACCACAGACAUAUAUGACAGAAAGAACAUGCCACGCUGCAUCUACUGUAUACAUGCACUCAGCCUGUACCUGUUCAAGCUUGGCCUGGCCCCUCAGAUCCAGGAUCUGUAUGGAAAAGUAGAUUUCACUGAGGAGGAGAUCAACAACAUGAAGAGUGAGCUGGAAAAGUAUGGAAUCCAGAUGCCCGCCUUCAGCAAGAUUGGCGGGAUCCUGGCCAAUGAGCUCUCGGUGGAUGAAGCUGCAUUACACGCUGCUGUGAUCGCCAUCAACGAGGCCAUCGAUCACGGCAUACCCGAGGGCACGGUGGCUGCUAUGCAGAACCCCAACGCCAUGCUGGUCAACCUGGAUUCCAGCUCUGCUCGUCAGUACCACGAAACACUGUACCAGGCCAAGGGAAAGAAAGUGGCCAACUCACGCAAACGGCAAACAGAGAAUGCCGAAGCAGAGAGGGAUAUCUAUGAUGAGCUUCUCACCCAGGCUGAAAUCCAGGGCAACGUCAACAAGGUCAAUGUGAGCAACGCCUUGAGUGCAGCUGAACAGGCAUUGCUGAGUGGCGAUGAGAAUAAGUUAUAUGAGGCCCUUAAAGCCAUAGGCGCUCAGAACCUGCAGGUCCAGAACAAAGGCUGGUACCUCAAACAGCUGCAGGCUGACCGAGAGAAUAAAGAGCAGGGGUCUCCAGGAGAAGUCCUGACUAAGGAUGAGUUGCAGAGCGGUGUGGACGUGGCCAAUGAAAUUGCAGAAGGCUACCUAAAGAUGUUGAAGGCAGUGGAACGCAUCAACGCUGCCAUCAGGGCGGGUGUGCCAGAGAAGACGGUGGAGGAGCUGAUGAACCCUGACGCUCAGCUGCCUGAGGUCUACCCCAGUGCUGCAGACCUCUACCAGAGAGAGCUAGUCAGCCUGCAGCAACAAAGCCCGGAGGGGUCGCUGUCCCACCCUGAGCUGCUUGUUGCCGUGGAGAUGCUGUCAUCGGUGGUGCUGAUGAACGAGGCGAUGGAUGUUGGCGACCGAGCCGCCCUCUGGAAACAACUGUCCAGCACCGUCACUGGACUCAGUAACGUGGAGGAUGAGUAUGCACAGAGGUACAUGGAUGAACUGAUGCGUCUGAAGGCAGCAGCCAGAGAGGACGGCUGCGACUAUUUGACCUGGAACGAUAUUCAAGCCAGUAUCGACCAAGUCAACCUGGCUGUGCAUGAGGAGCACGAACGUAUUGCAGCCAUCGGACUGAUCAAUGAGGCCCUGGAUGAAGGGGAUCCCAUGAAGACCCUGUCCAUGCUGCAGAACCCCUCAGCCAAGCUCACAGAUGUGGACCCGCCUGUGGCUCAGCACUACCAUGAUAAACUGCUGGAGGCGCGCAGAGAGAAGGCUCACGAGACCCAAGACCCCUCUGCUGUGCUGUGGCUGGAUGAGAUCCAGGAUGCCAUUCUGAAGGCUAACCAGGACACACAGGAGGCCUUACAGUUCUCGCAGUCCAUCCAGGCUAUCAAUGAGGCGGUGGACAGUGGCGAUCCAGCUCAGACCCUGGCUGCUCUGCGUAAUCCUGGGACAGGACUGUAUGGUGUCACCUCUGAGUGUGCCCAAACCUACCAGGAUGACCUGGUCAAGAUCAAAGACGAAAAAAAGACAGAAGGUGAUAAUGGCAGUGACUGGGUGAAACACUGGGUGAAGGGAGGACACAACUACUACUAUAAUCUGAAUACCAAGGAGGGCACCUGGGUGGAGCCAGAGGGCUUCCUACAAAACAACACCCAGCUCAACAAAGAGGACAUCCAGUCAGUGGUUUCUGGGGUAACCACAGCCUACAAUCGAGAGCAGCUGUGGCUGGCCAAUGAGACUCUAAUUGCCAAGCUGCAAGCUCGUUGCCGUGGCUACCUGGUGAGAAAUGGCCUAAAAGAGCGGAUGAACUUCCUGAAAUCCCAAGACCCAGCUGUUACAUGCAUACAGGCCCACUGGAAAGGCCACCAGCAGAGGAAGAAGUUCAAAGACCGUAAGCAGUAUCUGAAAGACCACAGUGAUGAGGCUGUCAAGAUCCAAGCCAUGGUUCGGAUGCACCAAGCUCGUAAGAAAUAUAAGGAUCGUCUAAAGUACUUCCAAGAUCACAUCAAAGAUGUGGUGAAGAUUCAGGCUUUCAUUAGAGCCAACAAGGCCAGAGACGACUACAAGACGCUGAUCAGCGCUGACGAUCCCCCGAUGGCGGUGGUGAGGAAGUUCGUCCACCUGCUGGACCACAGCGACCAGGACUUCCAGGAGGAGUUGGAACUGAUGCGGCUCCGCGAGGAGGUGGUCACCAACAUCCGCUCCAACCAGCAGCUGGAGAACGACCUGAACCUCAUGGACAUCAAGAUCGGCCUGCUGGUGAAGAACAAGAUCACCCUGCAGGAGGUGGUGUCCCACAGCAAGAAGCUGACCAAGAAGAACAAGGGCCAGCUGUCCGACAUGAUGAUGAUGAACAAGCAGAGGGGAGGCCUGAAGGCUCUCAGCAAGGAGAAGAGGGUCAAACUGGAAGCCUACCAGUACCUCUUUUACCUGUUACAGACCAACCCCACGUAUCUCGCCAAGCUGAUAUUCCAGAUGCCACAGAAUAAAUCCACAAAGUUCAUGGACUCUGUAAUCUUCACCCUGUAUAACUACGCCUCCAACCAGAGAGAGGAGUACCUGCUGCUCAGGCUCUUCAAAACUGCCUUGCAGGAGGAGAUCAAGUCAAAAGUGGACCAGAUGAAGGAGAUUGUCACAGGAAACCCUACAGUCAUCAAGAUGGUGGUGAGUUUCCACCGAGGUGCGCGGGGACAGAACGCACUGCGGCAGAUCCUGGCCCCGGUCGUCAAGGAGAUCAUGGAUGACAAAACGCUAAACAUCAAGACCGACCCGGUGGACAUCUAUAAGAGCUGGGUCAACCAGAUGGAGACGCAGACUGGAGAGGCCAGUAAGCUGCCUUAUGACGUGACUCCAGAGCAGGCUAUGGCCCACGAGGAGGUGAGGACAAGACUGGAAGCCUCCAUCAAGAACAUGAAGACGAUCACUGACAAAUUCCUGUCUGCCAUAGUCGUCUCUGUGGAUAAAAUUCCAUACGGGAUGCGUUUCAUCUCCAAGGUGCUGAAGGACACCCUCCAUGAGAAGUUCCCAGAUGCUACAGAGGAUGAGCUGCUCAAGAUUGUGGGGAACCUCUUGUAUUACCGCUACAUGAACCCGGCCAUCGUGGCACCCGAUGCCUUUGACAUCAUUGAGGUGUCGGCGGGGGGCCAGCUGACCACCGAGCAGCGACGAAACCUGGGCUCUGUCGCCAAGAUGCUGCAGCACGCCGCCUCCAAUAAGAUGUUUCUGGGAGACAACGCCCAUCUCAAUCCCAUCAAUGAAUAUCUCAGUGCCUCCUAUCAGAAGUUCAGGCGUUUCUUCCUGGCAGCGUGUGACGUUCCCUCACUUGAAGAUAAGUUCAAUGUGGAUCAGUACUCUGACUUGGUCACCGUCACCAAGCCUGUCAUCUACAUCUCCAUUGGAGAGAUAAUUAACACUCACACACUGCUGCUGGACCAUCAGGACGCCAUUGCUCCAGAGCACAAUGACCCCAUCCAUGAGCUGCUCGAGGACCUGGGCGAGGUUCCCACCGUUGAGUCCCUCAUCGGUGAAAAUCCUCUUCCUCCUGACGACCCCAACAAAGAGCUGAUGGGGAAGACCGAGGUUUCACUCACACUCACUAACAAAUUUGAUGUCCCUGGUGAGGCCAACGCUGAGAUGGAUGCCAAGACUCUCCUGCUCAACACCAAGAGGCUCAUUGUGGAUGUGAUCAGGUUCCAGCCUGGGGAGACUCUGACUGAGAUCCUGGACUUGGCAGCAGGCACAGAACAGGAAGCAGAGUACCAGCGUGCCAUGCAGAGGAGGGCCAUCAGAGAUGCCAAGACACCAGAGAAGAUGAAGCAGGUCAAACCGGUGGUGGACGACAGCCUGACGCUGCAGGGCAAGAAGGACAAGAUCAAGAGCAACCUGCAGAGGCUGGCAGAGCUGGGGAAGGUUCACCCCCAGAACCGCUAUCAGGACCUCAUCAACGACAUAGCCAAGGACAUCAGAAAUCAGAGACGGUAUCGUCAGCGUAGGAAAGCUGAGCUGGUGAGACUUCAGCAGACCAACGCCGCCCUGAAUUCAAAGACCAAUUUUUUCAACGUUCAGAUUGAUUCUUAUAAUCAGUAUAUCAAGACGUGCAUGGACAACCUGGCCAGCAAGGGCAAGUUGUCAAAGAAACCAGGCGACAACAAGGCCAAGAAGAGUAAACAGGUUUCACAGAAAUACACUGCCGCUCGCCUCCAUGAGAAGGGCGUGCUGAUCGCGAUAGAGGACCUGCAGCCCAACCAGUUCAAGAAUGUUAUUUUUGAGAUUUCUCCAUCAGAGACUGUCGGAGUUUUUGAUGUGAAGGCCAAGUUAAUGGGUGUACACUUGGAGACAUUACAGUUAGAAUAUCAGGAUCUCCUCCAGCUGCAGUAUGAAGGCGUGGCGGUGAUGAAGCUCUUCGAUAGGGCCACAAUCAAUGUCAACCUGCUCAUUUUCCUGCUCAACAAGAAAUUUUAUGGGAAAUAGAAAACAAAGGGCUACAGACACUGAUUUAAACCACAAAACCCACUUUGAGGGUUGCAGAAAGCCCUGACCUGAACCAUCCUGGCUUUCCUACACAGUCCCUACUGCACUUCUCCUAUGUGCCUAUGCAAAUCUAUGUGCAUUAUUUUUUGUUAUGUGGAUCAUCGUAUGUGCUUUAUUCUCAAUGGAACACUCCAUUUCGCGACUCGAGCCAGCACACCACAGAAGCAUGCUGGAGUCUUUUUCUUACUGUCCUUAUUGUCUAUAACAGCAGCUAGGUCAGAGGUUUAAGAUUUGUAUGUUUUGCUUUAAAUAUUAUGAAUAUCUUGUGCAUGGGCUUUGAUUAAUUAUAAAAAAAUAUGUGUUUUAUGUAAAGAGAUCACAUUUUGUGUCUUACUUAGCUGUUUAUUUGCUCACCUGACUGAUAAAGGCCUGAUAAACAGCUCCUCCGCCAAUACCAAAGUGCUUGUGUACUUUUCAGCAGGGCUGUAGUACAUGAGUCAGCAUGUUGCAAGUCCUGACCUGGUCUUGGACUCAACGACCGUCUCCUCUGGGCCAUGUUUGUGUUUGAUUUUGUGUUGCUGCUUGAAACGAAUUGGAAAGAAAAACUUAAGAGCUGUGGUGGCAAAAAAAAAAAACCAAGAUGAAAAUUCUUCACCAUAUUUUAAAUUAUUUUUCACAUAUUUUGAUUUGAAUAUGAUUCAGCUUUCUCUCUCUCGAUUUGGAUUUGACCCACCUCCACCCAUCCUAAACACACACACACACACACACACACACACACACAGACACACACAAAUAUUCUGAUAUCUAUGCAAAGAGAAAGUGACAUCAGACAUAGUAUUUGACAAGAAUUGCAAAAAACUGCCAUACUCAUAUUGAGCUGUUGAACUCCAAACUCGGCGUAUAAAAAUUAUAUAAAUCAUUUUAGAAUCGAAUUUGCUGCACGAGAAUGACAAAGUCACAUUACACCACUCAAAUCCAUAGUCUCCGGAGUCUUUAACUGUCUUUCUCGACAAGUCAGGAUGUUGGUUUGUCUUGGACUGGACUGAGCUGGCCAUGACUACAGCCCUGGUGCUCUGAACUGACCUGCAGUGCAUUUCUGCUCUUGGCUCUGACAUUCAUACGCAGGCGAGACGUGGCACUCCUCCACUUUCAGCACACAAAGCUGUGCAGAUGUGCUCAUUCACUGGCUUUUUCAGACGACUUACUGGAAAUGAUACUUCCGUAUAUCUCUCAUGGGCUUUUUUUUUUUUUUAAAUCUUGUAUAGCUGAAACACAGAUUAUUGUUACAUUACAGGAUUACUUUAGUAAAUUCAACAUCACAUCUGUUAAUCUGUAAAACAGGAUGAGAUCUAGAAGUGUAAACUGAAUAUUGAAAACAGAGAUUUUUAUAAUGUCUUGUUGAAAAUAAUUAGACAAAGUUGCCCUUAUUUAUAUUUUAUAUGUUGUCAGUCCACAUACUGUAGUUGAUGUUUGCAAAGCCUAAGACAGAUCGUGUAAGUGAGCUUGAGAAUGUGCAGUAUUACAGUAACUAUACCUGUGGGACCAGUAGAUGUCACUCUACACCAUCGAAUUUUCAGUUAAGUGUUUAUCGUAUCAGAUUUUGACUUAUUUCAAGAAGCCUUAAAUUGAGAAUCCAUGCAGACCUUUUUGAACUAGAUGUUGAUUUUCUGUGUCAUGUAAAGUUGCCCUUAUUAGAGGUUGACACUGUUAUUUGAAACGUAGGAGACCGUGCUCUCUGUAGAUUAUUUGCUCACUUUCACGAUCCAUUAAAUGUGUUUUACCUGUUUUAGAAUAAAGCUCUACAGAGGCAAUGUGUA